UUCUGUAUUUUCACUUCCCCUAUUGAAUAACUAAAUGCUUACGAUCACUUAAUCUGUUUUCAAUUGGUCUUGUCUAAUGCAAUCUCGAAAGUGCUGUGUGCAUUUGAUGGUUAUUAAUGUUCUUAUAUAUUUUAUAUUGUGUGUUUCUGAUUCAAGAACGCGGAAAGGAUGAAGACAUUAAUCUAACUAUUCUAACAAUACUGACUGACGCCGAUCAAAAAAAUCAGUAUGCAUGCAUGCAUGUUACAAACUUGUUACGCAAAGGGUAAUGAUAGGGUUCUUUUUUUCUUUUCUUUUCUUUCUGAACUCAUUGGUAAUGAUAGACUCCGUUUAUUAUGUUCUACUUAAAAAAUUCAUCUGAUUAUAGGUUUUGGAAAGCUGUUUGGAAUCGUAAAUCUGUAAAAUUUCUUUGUUGAGUGACUUCCACUAGAAUUUGCUAAAUUGUACAGACGUUGUUUUGAGGUUUAAUUACUGCUACUUGCCUGGUGCAUGGUAAUUUAGCUGAAUCAAGCAAUGCCGUCUUCGGUAUACAAAGUUCUUCCCUCUCUUGUGCUUAUAUUUGGGACUUUUGGGGCACUGGAGGGUAUUUUCACAGCCUUUUUGAUGGGAUUUAUCAGUUGAAAAGAGAGGCUCACAUGAUGGUGCAUCAAGUGGUAUUGGCAGAGAGACUACACGUGUCCUCACUUUGCGUGGUGUACAUGUAGUUAUGGCAGUUAGAAAUACAGAUAGCGGCAGAAAAGUGAAAGAAGCUAUACUUGAGGAAAAUCCGAAUGCAAAAAUUGACGUAAAGGAGUUAGAUCUCGGUUCACUUGCAUCCGUAAGGAAUUUUGCUUCGGAAUUCAAGUCCUUGGGCUUUCCCUUGAACCUCCUCAUUAACAAUGCAGGAGUUUUUGCUCCUCCUUUCAUGCUCUCUCCAGACAAAAUCGAUCUUCAGUUUCAAACUAAUCAUUUAGGUCAUUUUCUUUUGACGAAUCUUUUGUUGGAGACCAUGAAAAGUACAGCACGUCAAAGCCACAAAGAAGGAAGGAUUGUUAACGUCUCGUCAAUUGCUCAUAGGUUUGCAUACUGUGGAAUUCAAUUUGAUAGGAUCAUGGCUCCUAGUAUCAAUGAUGAAUCUUGGUACAAUAGAGUCUAUGGUUAUUUACAAUCAAAGCUUGCUAACGUAUUGCAUGCCAAAGAGCUUACAAAGCACUUAAAGGAAGAAGGGGUGGAGAUAACUGCAAAUUCAGUUCAUCCUGGAUGCGUUAACACCAAGAUUAUGCGUUACCUCGGCUUUCUUAAUGGCUCCUCUAUAAUUGCAGCAUAUUUCGUGAAAAAUGCUUCUCAGGGAGCAGCAACGACAUGCUAUGUAGCAAUGCAUCCACAAGUUAAGGGAAUAAGUGGAGAGUAUUUCGUGGACUGCAACAUAGCAAACUCGAGCUCUCUAGCUAAAGAUGCAGAACUGGCAAAGAAAAUGUGGGAUUUCAGCUUGAGUUUGACUGAUGCAAAGUGAUGUCCUACAUCUUAAGGUUAUAUGAGGGCAGGGGAUGUUAAAACUUGCUAUAGGAAAUAACUGGCUGGAAGGAUAAAUUUGGCCUCCUGAAGAAACAUUUGAUAUGUACGUAUUUAAGGAUAUAUCAUCUGUUGGUAAUGCCUUGAAACGUCUAAAAACACUAUAAAUCAUUUUUCUAGAUAACUGCAUACCAAAAAUAGGAUACAAGUGUU